AUGACGCAGCAAACUCCCUAUAUCGGGAGCAAAAUAAGCCUAAUUUCAAAAUUGGACAUACGCUACGAGGGCAUCCUUUAUACAGUCGAUACCAAUGAAUCAACAAUCGCUCUGGCAAAAGUGCGUUCAUUUGGUACAGAAGAUCGGCCGACAUCAAAUCCGGUAGCAGCGCGUGACGACGUUUAUGAGUAUAUCAUAUUCAAGGCAACCGAUAUCAAAGAUCUAAUUGUAUGCGAAACACCGAAACCUGUGCCCCAGCUCGCAAGCGCAUCACGUUCGGAAUCGGCAAAUCGUAUUUCGCCACCAGACAGUUCGGGACAUUUACGUGCUCCUGGUGCGGGCCGUAACAAUAGUCAACGCGUGGCUGGUUCCCAGUCCAAUACCAUUCAAACAGCGACAGGACAGCUGAAUUAUCAGAAUACUGGUGUACAGCAGGCUUACGCGCAGGGACAGCAGAAUAACAAUUAUCGCAAUGGUAACCGCGGAAGCGUCUAUGCUCGAGGCGGCGUCAGCUAUCAGCGUAACAGAGGAGGAGGAGGAGGAGGAGGCACAAUUGGCAAACCACAGUCGAAGGAAAAGCUGAAAUUCGAAAGUGACUACGAUUUCGAGAAGGCCAACGAGCAGUUUCAGGAAACGUUGAACAGCAUCACCAACGAUCUCAAGAAAAGCAAACUGGAAGGACAGCUGAAUUAUCAGAAUACUGGUGUACAGCAGGCUUACGCGCAGGGACAACAGAAUAACAAUUAUCGCAAUGGUAACCGCGGAAGCGUCUAUGCUCGGGGCGGCGUCAGCUAUCAGCGUAACAGAGGAGGAGGAGGAGGAGGCACAAUUGGCAAACCACAGUCGAAGGAAAAACUGAAAUUCGAAAGUGACUACGAUUUCGAGAAGGCCAACGAGCAGUUUCAGGAAACGUUGAACAGCAUCACCAACGAUCUCAAGAAAAGCAAACUGGAAGGUGUUUGUUCACUCCUCCUCGAUAAAUUUUUCAGCUUAAUUUCCCUCUCGCUGUCUGCGUUUUGCCUUUUUUUUAGCAUCCAGCUUAAUUGA